AUGUCCGCAGUGUCCUUUGCAUCAUCGUCUUUGCGUGCGUUGAAGAGGGUUCCAAAACUCCGGGUCCAUGCAAGAGCCACUUCGGCUCUUCAUUCGUCGUCGCGAAGUCUUUCUGCAAGUGUACUUCGCACAGCGAGCUUUUACCAUGGCUCAACACUUGCUACCGCGUCGACCACUCGCAGCGGGAGAACACCAAGCAAGGAGCGCCCAUUACAUCACCGAUCUAUGUUUAUUCAGACAGAGACCACACCUAAUGAAGACUCGCUCAAAUUUAUUCCCGGCGUACCAGUAAUGGAGGACGGCAGCGCAGAGUUCCUCGACACGCGCACGGCGCUCAAGUCUCCGCUCGCUAUCCGGAUAAUGGGCGUUGAGGGCGUGACAGCCGUGUUCUACGGUCCCGACUUUGUGACCGUUUCGAAAGAUUCUGAGACGUCGUGGUCCGUCAUGAAACCGGAGAUCUAUUCGAUCCUCAUGGAGUUCUUCUCGUCGGGCCAGCCGCUUUUCCGCUCCGAGGAAGACCGCGAGGCCGCGGGCCCACAGGACACACUUAUCCUGGACACGGAUUCUGAGACAGUCGCGAUGAUAAAGGAGCUGCUGGACACGCGUGUACGCCCCGCGAUCAUGGAGGACGGCGGGGACAUCGAGUACAGGGGGUUCACCGAUGACUGCCUCGUGCAGGUGAAGCUGAAGGGCAGUUGUCGCGGAUGCGACUCAAGCACGGUGACGCUUAAGAGCGGUAUCGAGCGCAUGCUCAUGCAUUAUAUACCCGAAGUGAAGGGCGUGGAGCAGGUGCUCGACCAGGAGGAGACUAUUGCGUUGGACGAGUUCCAGAAGUUGGAACAGCGUUUGUCACACGAGCACAAGCCAAGAGAUUCGAGCAUGGCGCAGUACAUGUCUGUUUAG